GCAUCUCUCUCUUAUAUCCACCUCGUGCGAUUUGCUUCAAACAUGGACGCUCCAGGCGACGACGGGCACACUGCAGACUUGACAUGGGAGAACGUCGGUCUUGCGUUCAGCUUCAUCGCGUUCAAUGCGGUCGUGUCGCGGGUGUUCCAGCUCGGGGUCGGGACGUCUCUAGUAACUGCCGCUGUGCGGUGCGUCGUACAGCUCACGCUCGUAUCACUCGUGCUGCAGAAGGUCUUUGAGGCGAAGAAUCCAUGGGCUGUUGCCGGAAUUGCUUUCCUGCUGAACCUAAUGGGAACGAUUGAAACUGUUGCGAACAAGGCGAAGCGGAGGUUUCAACACAUGUUCCCUUCAGUGCUUUUUGGCAUGCUUUGCUCCACCAUUCCCAUCUCCAUGAUUGGUAUCCGCUACGCCAUGGCUGUGGAUCCAUUCUGGAAGCCAGAGCAGUACAUACCUGUCGUCGGAAUGCUGUGCGGAGCCACAAUCUCAGGAAUCGUGGUAGCCUGCAACUACGUCCUAAAGGAGCUCUACGAGAACAAGGACAAGAUUGAGACCUACCUUGCAUUCGGUGCAUCACGGUUUGAAGCUUGCAAGCCUAUUGCAACCGAUGCCCUACGUCUCGCUUUGACGCCUAACGUUAACCAAAUGAGUGUCCUCGGUAUCAUCGCGAUUCCGGGCAUGAUGACCGGUGCUAUCCUUGGAGGGUCGAGUGUCCAACAGGCCGCACGCCUUCAGAUGGUGAUCAUGUUCAUGAUCUCGUCCUGCACGGCGCUCUCUUCAAUCAUGACCACUGUGCUUGCUCUAAGCGUCGUCGUCGACGCCGAACAUCGCGUUCGUACGGACAAGAUCGACAACCGUCCUCACGCUGUGUGGCGCGCGCGGAACUGGCUCGUGAGCAGGGGUGCGGAGGGGCUGAAAAGCAUGUGGAAUAAGGUCGCUGCGCCGAUCAGGAAGAGGACUAAGUCGAGAGAUGAGGGUGAGGAGAGUGAAAGGUUGUUGGGAUAAGCACGGAGAGCCUCGUAAACUCAAGCUUGCGUGCUGAACAUCUUUGACCAUUUGAACCACGAUAUGCCACCCGUUGCUUUGGCCUCCUCUAGUACAAUCUAUGUAUAGCCCGGUGCUUGCUUCAGAGCAUUAUAUAACACACAUUUCAUUUUCCAU